CCCCUUCAUAGCUGAGCCUGUCCGGCAGAGCGGCGGAUGUACGGAUGAUUCAGUGGUUGGCAGGAAGCCCGCCCUGCCCACCCGUCAGUGUCAGUGGUGUUGGCAUCAGCUCGGGCAGGUGUACGGGCUCAGGAUGGGGCGGCCGCGGUGAGGAACCCUGGACUCUCAGCAUCACAGGAGGCAACACCAGGAGCCAACAUGAGCUCGGGGACUGAACUGCUGUGGCCCGGAGCAGCGUUGCUGGUGCUGUUGGGGGUGGCGGCCAGCCUGUGUGUGCGCUGCUCACGCCCAGGUGCAAAGAGGUCAGAGAAAAUCUACCAGCAGAGAAGUCUGCGUGAGGACCAACAGAGCUUUACGGGGUCCCGGACCUACUCCUUGGUCGGGCAGGCAUGGCCAGGACCCCUGGCGGACAUGGCACUCACAAGGAAGGACAAGCUGUUGCAAUUCUCCCCCAGCCUGGAGGGUGAGUGGCACAGGGCAGGGACAGGCCUAGCCAAGCUGGGACUAAGACAGGCGAAAACCCCCUGUGACAGGUGUCGAGCAGUGGGGGCUGCAGGGCCAGAUCCAGCAUCUUCCAGGUACCAGAACUUCAGCAAAGGAAGCAGACACGGGUCGGAGGAAGCCUACAUAGACCCCAUUGCCAUGGAGCAUUACAACUGGGGGCGGUUCUCGAAGCUCCCGGAAGAUGAUGAUGCCAAUUCCUACGAGAAUGUGCUCAUUUGCAAGCAGAAAACCAGAAAGACAGGUGCCCAGCAGGAGGGCAUAGGUGGCCUCUGCAGAGGGGACCACAGCCUGUCGCUGGCCCUGAAGACUGGCCCCAUUUCCGGUCUCUGUCCCUCUGCCUCCCCGGAAGAAGAUGAGGAAUCUGAGGAUUAUCAGAACUCAGCAUCUAUCCAUCAGUGGCGCGAGUCCAGGAAGGUCAUGGCAGGACGAUCUCCAGCAAAUCCCAGAGACGGGACAGACACACACAGCCAGGACCUGUCGGGCGUGGCAUUUCCCGCAGGCUGUUUUGUGGAGUCUGGGGGUCUGAGUCUGGGGGAGCAGUCAUGGGUGUCUCCAUGUGAACCACUCGAUGACCUGUCUGCCCGCUGGUCCGCAGGGCAACUCCAGAAAGAAGCAUCCCCUGGCCCGGUGGGAAGCCCAGACGAGGAGGAGGACGGGGAACCGGAUUAUGUGAAUGGGGAGGUGGCGGCCACAGAAGCCUAGGGCAGACCAAGAAGAAAGGAGCCAAGGCGAAGAGGGACCACUGUGCUCACGGACCCGUCGCUGCUUCCAAGGACCAUUUCCCAGAGCUACUCAACUUUUAAGCCCCUGCCAUGGUUGCUCCCGGAAGGAGAACCCGCCACCCUGAGGACCACCUGGCCAAGCGUGCACAGCCCGGGAAAGGACAGUUACCCAUGGGAGCUGCAGCCCCGUCACCAAGCCCUCUCCCCACCCGGGCUUUGUGGGGCAGGCACCUGGUACCGAGGGUAACCCGGCUCCUGGUAUGGACAGAUGCGCAGGAUUUAGGAUAAGCUGUUGUCCAGUCCCCAUAACAAAACUACUGUCCAACACUGGUAUCUGUGUCCUUUUGUGCUACGAAUUUGGAUUCCUAAUUGCUAUUGUUGGUUGCUGGGGUUUUAAAUGAUUGAUAAGCUUCUACAGUUAACUUACAGAGGGGGAGCCAUAUUUAAUAUUCUGGAUUUCAGAGUAGAGAUUUCUGUGUUGUCUCCUAGAAAGCAUUACAUGUAGUUUAUUUCAGCAUCCUGGUUGGGUGGGGCCCUAGCUCUCUUCCCCUUUGGUGGGACCUCUCCUUUCUUUGGGCUUCAGUUCACUCAGGAAGAAAUGAGGCUAUCGCCAUCUUUAUGCGCUUCCAGUGGAAAUGUCACUUGCUACAGACAAUAGUGCGUGAGAGUCUAGAGAAGUAGUGACUAGAACAGGGCCGAGUAGGUCCCCUCCAUGGCCCUGAAUCCUCUGUUCCAGGGCUGGCCUCUGCAGAGCUGAUUAGACAGUGUUGUGACUGUCUCAUGGGAAGAGCUGGGGCCCGGAGGGACCUUGAGUCAGAAAUGCCACCAGAAAAAGUAUCUCCUUCAACCAAAACAUCUCAAUAAAACCAUUUUAGUUGAAAA